AAAAUUAGUUGUAUUUUACAGACUUUAUAAACUGUAGGGCAAAAUUUGUCAUUUUGAUAAUGAAUCUGAAUUUAUCAACUCAAGGAUAAUCUCUCAUUUAAGAAUGAGAUAAAAUAUUCAAAUCUUCAAUUUUCCAUCUUCUACAAAUAUUAAACAAUUUUACUUCAUUGAGAAGCUAAUACUCUAAAUAUGGGUGCAAAGGAGUCAAGGGCUUCCAUAUUAUCUUAUGAUGAAGCUUCAAAACGAGUUACCUCUAUUGAGCUGCAAAGGCUUCAAGAAGCGUACAAACGUUCGUGUGGGUAUGCCGGUAUAAUGAGGGAAGCUGUUUUCGUAAGAGAUGUACUUGGUGAAAAUGUUCCAACUAAAUUAUCUCAGCGAAUUUUUAAUGUGAUGUCAAGCAACAGCAGAGGGAUGUCUUUUCGUGAUCUGUUGGUCACUUUGGUUCUUUUAACUCGUGGUAGGCAGGAAGAAAGAUUAAAAUUAACAUACGCUGUAUAUUCUGACGAGCGUGGUUCUUGCGUAACAAGCACAAGUAUGUCUUCCAUGGUGUCCGCUUGUGAGAAGACGGCUCUACCCCAUGAAGCACUUUCUCUGUUCAAAAUGAAUGACAACGUAACUUAUGACUUGUUCCGCACAUGGGUCCUAGAUUACCCCAACACCACAUCAGUUACGAGAUGGUUGGUGAACUCUAGUGGGGUCACAGUCAGCUUAACCAACAACACAGAGAUGCCAAACUUUUAUCAGACUCUUGCUGGUGUAACACAUUUGGAAGAGCCAGAUAUAACUGAAUUGGAAAAGCAAUACUGGAUGCUAAAGUCUCAAUCCAAGACUGGUAGAUUUGACUUGACAACUUUCACUUCCUAUGUAUCACCACCAUUACCACAGUGUUUGAUAGAAGGUUUGUUCAAUGCUUUUGAUGAGAAUAGAGAUGGCCAUAUUGAUUUCAAGGAAAUAUCAUGUGGAGUAUCUGCUUGCUGUCGUGGACCAUUUGCCGAACGACAGAAAUUUUGCUACAAAGUCUUCGACACAGACCAGGACGGCAAACUCAACAGCAACGAGUUAAAAGCCAUGGCACUUGGUUUACUUGAGGUGCAGAAAGUGAAUGCUAUAAAGGGCAGUGCUGCCAGCAAAAAACUUGAGAAUAUAAGUGAGGACAGUGAUGCUGUGUCGGAAAUAGUUUCUCAUAUUCUCUGCCACUCCAACGCAGAUACUGGUGAGAUAACUCUUGAAGAAUACCAAAUGUGGAGUUUAAAAGACCCAUUACCGAUCAGCUUGCUUAACAUAGUAGUGGAGAUAUGUCACAUUGUACUUGGUCUACGUCCCACUUCACCCACUGAGGAAGGGGUUAUUAUAAGAGGUUGGAUGCAAAGGGCAAGCCAGAGUGAAUUAAUUGCGGGUGAAACUUGGUAUGUAGCUUCAGGGAAAUGGUGGCGACAAUGGAAGUUACAUACGGAGUAUGAUCCUGUACUGAAUGGGAAACUGGAGAGUCCUGUGUUAGAGAGUGGUUACUAUAGCAACGGAAGGUUAAGUGGAGAGACUUCAUCAACUUCUUCUGAUACGGUCGCCUCCGCGCAUGAGGCAACUGAGACCAUGCAACAUGUACUUACUGGUGGUGAAAAACCAAGCAAGAACCGGCAUACAAAACACGCAGGGAAAGCUCAGCGUGUUUCCAAAACAACACCCACGACCCCCAACACCUCACCUGGGCCUAUUAAUAACUCGGAUAUACUUCUUGAGGAGAGUAAGGUGGCAACACUGACAGAUGAAGGAGGAAGGCUAAAGGAGGGUUUAGUUGAAGGACAAGACUUUAUAGUGUUGCCAGCUCAAGUUUGGAAAGCAUUACACCACUGGUAUGGGGGUUCCCCCAGCUUACCUCGUAUUGUCCCAGCUCCAAAUAAGGACGAGAAAUGUUGGAUCGAACUUCAUCGACUUAAUGUGUUACUCCUCAGGCACCAGAUGCCGUCAUCUAUGCAACAAUUAUCCCAGGUAGCCUUUCCUAGCAAUGCACCACUUUCUAGUGUUGGCAACACUGCUUUUGGGAUGCUUAAGCAAUCACUUAACUACGUCACAGGUGGUUCAACUCCCAAGCGCCAAAUCACACAUCGUGCUACUUUCAGUAAACGCCACACAGUGGGGCAAGUGGCACAGUUUUUAUCGCUAAGGUUACGGAUACCACUGGACAGUAUGAGGUUGUGGCAUUUGUUAGAUGAGAACAACGCUACAUUAUUAGAAGAUGAUUCUGUAAAGAUGGAAGCUCUCAGCUUAACAAAUAACGCUCAAUUUCUUCUUGAAGUUCGUAAUGUUGACAUGAGUUGGCCUGAAGAGUUGUCCCAGAUAGCAAGGAAUCAUAAACAAAAGACAAAACCCUUGAUGCCAGUUGUUGCUGGUGCUUCAGGAUUAAGUAAUCUGGGCAACACUUGUUUCAUGAACUCAGGACUCCAAUGCAUCAGCAACACAAGACCUCUUACUAAGUAUUUCUUGGAAAACAAGCAUCUGUUUGAACUCAAUAGAACGAACCCAUUAGGUAUGAAAGGUCAUAUUGCAAAGAGAUAUUGUGACCUCACACAGGAGUUAUGGAGUGGGGCAAGUAAGACAGUUGCUCCAUUAAAGUUGAGGUGGACCAUCAGCAAAUACGCGCCACGCUUCAACGGUUUCUCGCAACACGACUCCCAGGAGCUUCUAGCUUUCCUAUUGGACGGUUUACAUGAAGAUUUAAACCGUGUACAAACCAAACCAUAUGUUGAACUAAAGGACAGUGAUGGAAGACCUGAUGAAGAAGUCGCUCAAGAGGCAUGGGAAAACCAUCUUGCACGAAACCAAUCGAUUAUCGUGGAUUUAUUUCAUGGACAAAUCCGAUCACGUGUUCGCUGUUUACAUUGUAAUGCAUUCAGUACAAGAUUUGACCCUUUCACGUUUCUAUCUCUACCACUACCUAUGGAUAACUCGAUGUACCUUGAUGUAAUAGUGAUCAGGUUAGACGGGGAAAUCCCGGUGAGGUUCGGGCUCCGUCUUAACAUGGACGACACAUUCGUGGAAGUUCGGAAGCAUCUUGCAGAGAAAUGUAAGAUUUCUAUGGAAGCCGUGCUUUUAUCGGAAGUGCUUGGUGCUACUAUUAAGAGUUUUCUUCAAGACAAUCUAAAAGUCCGUUCCUUAUCGAUUGGAAAUAUUUAUGCCUACGAGAUCCCACCCCCCGUUAAAGCUAUCGUGCGUGCAACACCCAAUGGGGAAUCCCGCACUGGGUCAGCGGGUAAUUCCCCAAAUACGCUACGGGGUCAAAAGGUCAACGGAAUGGAGUUUGCGCAGACAAUUAAAAGGGUGGGGUCACUGGUGCAUGAAACAAACAAACAGAGCGUGACCAACCCCGCAGCGUUGCACAUUGAAAAUAAAAACGCGAGCUGCAACCUUGUAAAUAGUGCAGUUGAACCUAAGCAAGACAACACCGAUAGCAAAUCUGGCAACACUGAUAGCACGUGUAGCACUGAAGUAAUAGUGCAAGAACCAAGCAGUUCUUCAAACUCUACUUUUUAUAUCAGUAAUAAAAACGAAAACCAAAACCAAUCGGAAUCAGGUCUUAAUGUUGAUGGUAUAAGUGGAACAAAAAGAACAAGUUUUUCUCGUCGACUUUGUGAAGCAGGAGACAUGCAAACACAGUGUGCAGGCUAUGUGGUGGCAUAUCAUAGGAAAACUUUCCACACGGACGUCUACUUCCUCUCAUCUCAAAAACAUCGACCAAGUUUGUUUGGUCUUCCUCUUGUUGUACCUUGUGUGCCAGGUCGACCCAAGAAGGAUUUAUAUUCGGCAGUUUGGAAGUUGGUGUCCCGUCUUGUGAGCCCAUUGCCACCCCAGGAAGCCACUGCUGUCAAUCAUGCUCAAGAUUGUGACGACAGCAUGGGAUCACAGUAUCCUUUCCUACUACGUUGCGUUGAUGCGUUUGGUAUGUCAUGCGGGAACAAAUGUCCGUGGUUCCGAUUCUGUACAGGAUGUAUCAUUGAUUGUUCAGAUGAUCCAUGGCAACAAACAUCUGGACAUAUAUCUAUAGAUUGGGAUCCAACGGCUCUUCAUUUAAGAUACCAGCCUUCUGCUGAGAGGGAAGUAAAAGAUGACGCCAGUGUAGAGGAGGGCCAUCGUGGCGCGCAACAACGUAUCGAUCUUAACCACUGUCUACGUGCUUUUACCACUGAAGAGGAACUAGGCAAGGAUGAAUUAUAUCAUUGUGGUAAAUGUAAGACACGACAACUCGCAAAGAAGAAACUUGAUAUAUGGAGACUUCCUCCUACACUGAUAAUUCAUUUGAAAAGGUUUCAGUUCGUUAACGGUCGUUGGAUCAAAUCUCACAAAGUUGUUGAUUUUCCCAAAACCGAUUUUGACCCAUCGAGUUUCAUGACUAAACGUGAUGAAGAAAAUAUUGACAUUGAGACCUCUGAAGUCACAGCUUCUUCUAUCACAGACUCAGACCCUGUAAAGACAAGCAUUAUAACCUCCAAAUCUUCACCUGAUGCCAAACCAAGCAAACCUAAACCUCAUAUCUCAUUCGAAGCCGAUGAACCCCAUGUAACCCCGGGACCCGUCGAAAACGGGGCUUCCCCCGCCCCAGAGGAGGGUAAAAAAUCGGGGUUAACCGCGAGAAAAAGGAAACCAUCUUUCAGGGAAGAAUCUCCACCGUUAUAUGAUUUAUAUGCUGUUUCGUGUCACUCUGGCAUUCUUGGUGGUGGACAUUAUAUUGCAUAUGCAAAGAACAAAGUCAACAACAAGUGGUAUUGUUAUAAUGACAGCAGCUGUAAAGAGGUUUCAGCUGACAAUAUAUGCGUUGAAACGGCUUACACUUUGUUCUAUGAAAGACAAGGUAUUGAUUAUGAUGACUUUAUGCCUUCGACUGGUGAAGGAACACCCAUGGAUACUUCCUCCAUGGAUGAAGACUAUAACUCAGAGUUUAAGAAAUAUUGCGUAAUCCAGUAGGAUUAUUGCGCAAUUGCUUCAACUGUGUAGUUUCAGUUAAAUGGUCAUUGCAUAAUCUAUUACACAUGACAGAUUAGUUUUGUUUAACUUUCAGUUCUAUGAAUGCAUAACGUGAUAAUAGUGUUGCACAAUAUUUCAAUAGCAAUAGCUAGAAAAGUGUAAAAUACUGUGACUCGCAGCACUGAAAGACAAAACACCCGGCUUCAAAAAAGACUGUUUUUGCGGUACAUGCUUUUUGCAGGCUUUUUCAGAUUUCAUUAUCCAGAAUUACUUGUUUUUUUUGUAGCUUUGCGCAUGUAAAGUUUAGAUGCAAAUUUCUGGACACACUUAAACUUUUUUUAACCCAUGGCAAGCUUGUGCCAUUUCCUUGAACCCUGCAAUUGUCAGCACAUCUAUGCUGUCACUGAAGCCAAAAAAUCUUGUUUUUUUACACCGUGUAUGCAGAAUAUUGUGUAACUUUUUCAUGCGAACUAAGCAAAGUAUCUAAGGGAAUUAUGACUUACUUUACGAGGAUUUUCUUGGGCAUAAUAUGAUGAUAAUUUCACUUAGACUUAAAGAACUGAAUGCAACUGGUGAUUUUUUCUUCUUUAUUAAUAUUGUGUUAUACAUUACAAUGUGUUACCAUUAAGAUUACAUUUUUUGAGAUUUUAUUUAUUUCACAUGGUCUUGAAUUAUGUGUGAAGUCCUAUAUUAAACAUUAUGUUUGCAUAUAACUCAGAUUACUAAUUAAAUAUGCAUUAACAGUUGGACUUGUGGUAGCAAAAGUAUGAAACAAUCUUUUUCUUUUAUCAGUUUUUAUUUAGUUUUACGCGAUAAUUCCUCCUUAAUUUUAUACGUCUACUUCAUAGUUAUUGUUCUAUGCAUAAACCGUUUCAUUACCACUUGCUUGGAAGGAAAUAAAUACGUGCUUUGCAAAAGUCUCGA